AUGUCGGAUAUAGAGACCAAUUUGAUGAAAGCAAUAAAUUCUGGAAGUUUUGGAAAAAUCCAAAAAUUUCUGUUGGACUUAACAGAAGAAGGUCUUGAUAUGUCAAAUUUGACUGAUAAAAUAGGAUCUUAUGAAUUACUUUGGCAUGCAGUACAACUUAAAAGGACUGAAAUCGCAAAAGUAUUUUUGCAUAAAGGAGCUCAAGUGAAUAACCCACACAAGAAAUAUCCAAAUACUAUCCUACAUUUGGCAGUAUUAAAUCAAGAUUUCGAGCUCGUCGAGAUGUUGGUUGACAGAGGAGUUAAUGUUGACGCCAAAAAUUAUCAAGGAAAAACUGCACUUCAUUUGGCAGUCGAGAUGGGUAAUGAGAGUCUAGUCACAGUACUUUUAAAUAACGACGCUGAGGUAAAUACUGUCGCCAAUGACCAAUCGAUGCCUAUCUAUUGUCCCCUUAAUACAAUCGAAAGACAAAACAUAUUUAGACAACUUUUUAACUCCGGCGCCGACAUUAAUGCAGCGCUAUGUAAUGCCGUCAUUAAUGGAUGUCUCGACACAGUGAAUUACCUUUUAAAGAAUUAUACUAUCGAUGUAAAUAGUAAUUCUUUUUGUCUGCCCAUUGCAGUUUUUAAAAUACAACCGGGAAGAAUGCAGUACGAGGUGAUCAGUGAUAUGUUAUAUGAUUAUGGGUUUACUGCAGAUCUAAAGUACAAAAAUAAUGUUGAAUUUUUUCACCUCAUUGUUGCUAAAGGAUAUUACAGAAUACUUGAAGAUUUUAUUAAAUUGAGCAUUGACGUUAACAAUUUAAUACGACAUUAUAACUGCGACACGCUCCUUCACACCGCGUGUAAAUUUGAACGAGUUGAGAUUGUUAAAUUACUAAUAAAAUAUGGCGCGGAUUCAAAUAUUAAAAACAUAGACAAUAAACCCCCAAUAAUUUAUAGUAUUUCUAAAAAUAAUUUAGAAAUUUUCAAUCUUCUUUUGGACUCUGGAGCUCAUGUGGAAAAAAAUGACCCUACUUUGCUUAAUGAGGCAGCGUACGUGGCUAAUAUAUCGAUGAUUAAAAUUUUACUCGAGCGUGGGGUUGAUGUAAAUGGAAAAAAUGAGUUGGAGAUAACGGGUUUACAUUCAGUUGUUUAUAAAGCUAAUGACAAUCUAAUGAGACGUCUAAGUGACAAUCAGGCGAGGGAAUCGAUUGUUAACUUUUUUUUAAAUAUAGGCGCCGACGUUAAUGCUCAGAUAACUGAUAACAGAUCUGUACUUCAUUUGGCUGUUGAAAAUAAUUACGAGUCAAUCGUCGAAAUUAUUUUAAAGCACAACGCUAAUGUUAAUUUGAUAGAUAAUAAAGGACGUUCACCAUUAUUUAUUGCCGUAAAAAAUAAUAAUGAAAAAAUUACACAAAUUCUUUUGAAAUAUAAUGCGAAUGUUAAUUUACCCAAUUUAAAUAACGUAACUCCAUUACACAUUGCUAUUGUUAAUAAAUAUGAAAAAUUAGUUGAAAUUUUGUUGGAAAAUAAUGCUGACACUAGUUCGCGAUAUUUAAAUGAAGAUAAUACGCCAUUACAUAUGGCAAUUAAAUAUAAUUUUGAUAAUAUUACAAAAAUGUUAUUAAAACAUAAUGCAGAUGUCAAUUUAAAAAAUUUAAAUGGAAGUACUCCAUUACAUAUUGCUGUUAAAAGUAAUAAUUUGAAUAUCGUGAAAACUCUGUUAGAAAAUAAUGCUGACGUUAAUGCUAUUGAUAAAUGUGGAAAAACGGCUUUAUAUUUUGCCAAAAAAGAAGAUCACGUCGAAAUCAUAAAUAAUAUUCUCAAGUACAAGCCAAAGAUCUCUUCAAUUUAUGAAUUCAAAACUACAAAACUACAUGAAGCUGCUAGGACUGGAAAUUGGCUAGAUGUUCUUGAUUAUUUAGACGAUUAUCCAUAUGAUGUUAAUACUAUUAAUUACAAUGGGUCUUUACCCCUACACAUUGCCGUUGAAAAUUCAUUUUUUGGAGUUGUUGAAUACCUGUUGGAAUACCGUGCUGAUGCAAAUUUUACGAACGAGCAAGGUCAAACAUCCGUACACAUCGCUGCUGAAAAUGGAUCCACAGAAAAUGUUGUGGAAAUUCUUUUCCAGUAUAUGGAAAAUACUAAUUGUAUUAAUAAAAAUGGAUCGACACCACUGAUGAUUGCUGUUGAACGAAACCAUUUGAAGCUGAUAGAUUUAAUUAUGCGAUGGGGCGCUAAUAUUAAUUUUAAAAACUAUGCAGGUGAUACAGCUCUUCAUAUUGCUACAAAAAUUGAAAGAAAUGAAAUUAUAUUUAAAUUAAUAAGAUAUGGCGCGGAUAUAAAUAUCGAAAAUAAUAAUAAAACCGCGUUAUUUAAUGCUGUCGAGUCGUUCAAAAAAAAUCGUUAUAUUGUAAGUAAUGUAUCGGUUCUUUUUAACGUUUUUAAUAUUUUUAUUGACCAUAUAAAAAAAUUACAAGCGGCUAAACUUUAUGUUAAUCCAAAAAAUCUACGGAUUAUAAAAUUCUUUGAGGAAAUGCAAAAUGAUUCAAUUUCUAACAAUCAAAUUCAUCUGAAGUAUAAAGAUUCAGAAAUAGAUAAUAUCAUUAAUUCUGAACAUAAUUCUGACGCAGAUUAUGUGAUUGGUAAUAAUGAUCAGAACCUUAAUGAAGUACAACUUAUGAAAGAUACUAAAAUUGGUGACAGUAAUAUUACGUACUAUUAUUUUUUGACAAAAAAUACUCAUCAAUUAUGUAAAUGUAUUCCUUUUGGAAAUAUUAACGAAACUUUGGAAUCAAAUAAUUAUUUUAAGACAUUUCCAAACUAUUCUUAUUUUAUUUAUCAUAAAUUCAAUGAAGUUGUUGCUAGAAAUAAAAUGUUGGCAUAUUUUAAUUUACAUAUAUUCCAAGGUACCUUUAAAAGUUUACCAGAUGUUUGUAUUGAUCACAUUAAAAGUUAUCUUAGCAAUGAAGAUUUAAUUAGAAUAUGGUACAGUAGUUCUAGACAUUAUUAA